AUUUGGCUGUAGCCCCGCCCCUCGCUGUGUCGUCAUUGGUCGCUGGCUCUACAGCUCACUGAGCAUGUGUAUGCGCCGCUUAGCUGUUAGCAUUUAGCGAUGGCCUCAGACAAGCAGAACGACGCCAAACUGUCCUCAAUGGGCGAGAACAAAGAAAACUCAUCGGACGGAGGGAUUGGACUCGAGAUUUUGCAAAUAAUCAAGGAGUCCCAGCAGCAGCAUGGCCUCAGACAUGGAGACUACCAGAGAUACCGGGGUUACUGCUCCCGUAGACUGCGUCGCCUGCGCAAGACUCUUGGCUUCAGGAUGGGAAACCGACACAAGUUCAUCGGGAAGAAAAUAACUGUCGAAAUGCUGUCUGACAGCAGGUAUCUGUUGCUGGUUUUGAUGGAGGCCGAGCGUGCGUGGAGUUACGCCAUGCAGCUGAAGCAGGAGGCUAACACAGAGCCACGUAAGCGCUUCCACCUGCUGGCACGACUACGCAAGGCUGCCAAGCACAGCGAGAAACUGGAGAAGCUCUGUGAGAGCCCGCGCGUUGACGCCAAGACCAAACUUGAGGCGCAGGCUUACACUGCAUACCUGAGUGGUAUGGUGAAGUUUGAACUGCAGGAGUGGAAGCCCGCAAUGGAGGCCUUCAACAAGUGCAAGACCAUCUAUGAGAAGCUGGCCAGUGCUUUCACAGAGGAGCUGGCAGUUCUGUAUCGCCAGCGUGUGGACGAGAUAUCACCCAACAUCCGCUACUGUGCUUACAACAUUGGUGACCAGAACGCCAUCAAUGACUUGAUGCAGAUGAGACUGACUGGCGGAGGAGGAGGCAUGAUGGCUGAGAAACUAGAGGCCCUGAUCACCCAGGCAAGAACCAAGCAGGCAGCCACCAUGAGCGAGGUUGAGUGGCGAGGGCGGUCGGUGCCCGUCAAGAUCGACAAGGCCCGCAUCUUCCUGUUGGGUCUGGCAGACAAUGAAGCCGCUAUCGCUCAGACUGCUAACGAGGAGACCAAAGAGCAUCUUUAUGAGACCCUGCUGGCCGAGUGCAGAGACACCAUCCAGGCUGUGAGAGAGGAACUCAAGAGUGAGGCGAAGCAGCGAGAGAGGAGCGCUGACGGUGACACCGCCAAGGUGUCCAACCUGCAGUUCCUGCACAGUUACCUGACCUACAUCAAGCUGUGUACGCUGGUGAAGAGGAAUGAGAGCAUGGCCCAUACUCUGCAGGCUAAACUGAAGGAACCCGAAGCUGACGAGAGCAAGAGAGGGCCCCGCCCACAGGAUCUCAUCCGCCUCUACGACAUCAUCCUGCAGAGUCUGGCUGAGCUCUCCACCCUGCAGGGCCUGGAGGAUGACCACACCUUCCAGAAGGAGGUGUCCCUCAAGACGCUGGUCUACAAGGCCUACAGGUGUUUCUUCAUAGCUCAGUCGUAUGUGCUGGUGAAGAAGUGGAGCGAGGCAUUGGUGCUGUAUGAGAGGGUGCUGAAAUAUGCCAAGGAGGUCCAGUCUAAGGCCAAGAACCUCAACAACAGCCUCAAGGAUCUCCCUGACGUUCAGGAGCUCAUUGCUGAGGUCAACGCUGAGAAAUACUCCCUUCAAGCUGCUGCUAUUUUAGACACUGAUGAGACUGCUGAAGCUCCCUCCCAGCAGCAGGUCAAAGACAACACGCCCCUCUGCAACCGCCUGGAGACGUUCCGCCUCGACCCCGCCCUCGUGGGAAAGCAGCCCAAUUUGGUCCAGUUCCCUCCCGACUUCCAGCCAAUUCCCUGCAAGCCCCUGUUCUUUGACCUCGCUCUCAACCAUGUGGCCUUCCCGCCCCUGGAUGACAAGGUGGAGCAGAAGGGCAAGGGUGGUCUCACCGGCUACAUCAAGGGCAUCUUUGGCUUCGGCAGCUAAAUCAAUCCCGCAGGCUUUUGGAUUCAACAGGAGAGCAACAAGAUCCUGAUUUCACUAAAAACAACCAGACUUGGGUCAGUUGUUAAUUAGAAUAAUUUCAAUUACUUUAAUGUUAGAUUUUUUUUAAUUUUUCUUUUUGUGCCCAAGUGCAAGAUGGGUGGAGUUUGCAGCUCUAAGGAAGGCGAGGAAGUGAUCUGAUCAAUUUCAAGUAGCAAUAUGACCCAAGUUCACCUUCCACCUUUAGUAAAAACAUCAGGCUGCAUGGGCUCCUAGCAUACGGGCUCCCUCCUUAAUUUGAGCUAUGGAGGCGUCUGUGUCUUUCAGGUUUUACAGGUUGCCAUGCCAUGUCCGUUGGUACAGCCAAGUUGUCAAUCUCACAGUCCCGUCAGAGCAAACGAAGCCACUUGGGCAUCAUUAGUAGUGUUUCUUUUUUUUUCAUUGUCAUGUAAGCGCCUUAAUGUAAUUACGUCAGUUUUUCUCUUAAUGUUUUCAGCAUCUUUUUUUUUUUUUUUUUUUUUUUUUUUUUUUAAGUGCAGUUUUGUUAUUGCAGCUACUUUGAGUUAAAAACCAAAGUAGUGCUUAUCAAACACCAGAGAUGUUCUGUGAAAUGUAGUUCAGCAAACUGCAGCCGUUUUAUCAAUCAUCAUGGUUUUCAGUAGACUUCUGCUGCGAUCCAAUUCUUCCCUCCACCUCUGCUUUGGUUUCUCCUGCUUUUGACUGUGCAUUCAUUGUUUUUUUUUAUUUGUCAAAUACAACCUACACGGGUCAUAAUGUAAAUGUUGUCCUGUAUGACAUUAGGCGCCUAAAGUGCCAUCAUGUUAGAGAAGGGUCCAACUGCUUCAACCAUCUAGAUGGAAGCGUACGCCGCAUUUUUUUAACAGCCCUCGCUGUGUCCCAUUAUCUACAAAGGGGCCUGCUGGCUGAUGACUUCAGACUGUAAUCAAUUAAUGUUCUUUCUUUUUCUUUUUUUUGCCAUUUUUAUUUGCAUUUCAGCAAAAUUGAUGUCGUAGGAAAGCAGUGGACAAUAGUGAAUGAAGGGUGUUUUUUAGCAGCCUUUCAUUCAUUCACACAGCUACGCCCGUUUGUUCGUCAUGACUAGGACUCAGAUGUUUUCAUCAACAAUGACAUGUCUAUGGAUAUUAUGUAACUAUAAAUAGUGGUAUAUUAUUUGUCAGUCAUAAUGUCCACAUCAAAGCCACUCGUUUAAUCUGAUCCUUAAGGGACCUGGUUUUGCCUGUGAUACCUGGUGAAACACGAGCUAGAGGAUUGGUUCAGCGUCACACUUUCACUCAAACAUUUAACUGUAAUGCUUACUAUUUUUUAUCAAUGUCUUUGGUUUUCUUUUUCUUUUCUUUUUUUUUUCUUCCCCCUUCAGUGUUUUUUGUUAAAUAAUUAAGAUGGAAGGGCUGGAGUAGUUAACCUUGAUCUUGCCUGGAAAAUGUUACGAUUAAUAUUUGUUGGAAACGAGAGAAGAGAAAUGAACUGAUGAGAACGAAUGAUUUGAUCUAAUUUCCAGACCUAUGAUUAAAAUAUAUUUGC